AUGGCAUCUCAUAUCGUCGGAUACCCCCGCAUGGGUCCCAAGAGAGAGCUCAAGUUCGCUCUCGAGUCUUUCUGGGAUGGCAAGAGCAGCGCCGAGGAUUUGCAGAAGGUGGCUGCUGAUCUCAGGGCAUCCAUCUGGAAGCAGAUGGCUGAUGCUGGGAUCAAGUACAUCCCCAGCAACACUUUCUCUUACUAUGAUCAGGUGCUUGAUGCCACUGCCACCCUCGGUGCCGUCCCACCAAGGUAUGGCUGGACCGGUGGUGAGAUUGGUUUUGACACCUACUUCUCCAUGGCCAGGGGUAAUGCUACCGUGCCUGCUAUGGAGAUGACCAAGUGGUUCGACACCAACUAUCACUUUAUUGUCCCUGAAUUGGGACCUGAUGUGAACUUCACCUAUGCUUCUCACAAGGCUGUUGAGGAAUACAAGGAGGCCAAGGCGCUUGGAGUGGAUACCAUUCCUGUCCUAGUUGGCCCAGUUACAUACUUGUUGCUCUCCAAGCCUGCCAAGGGUGUAGAGAAAUCCUUUUCUCUCCUCUCCCUCCUUCCCAAAGUUCUUGCUGUCUACAAGGAAGUUAUUGCUGACCUUAAGGCAGCUGGUGCUUCAUGGAUUCAAUUUGAUGAGCCUACCCUGGUCUUGGACCUCGAGUCUCACAAGUUGCAAGCAUUUACCGAUGCAUAUGCAGAACUUGCACCUGCUUUGUCUGGUUUGAAUGUUCUUAUUGAGACCUACUUUGCUGACGUCCCUGCUGAGGCAUACAAGACCCUCACAUCUCUGAACGGCGUCACUGCAUAUGGAUUUGAUUUAGUCCGUGGAACCAAGACUGUUGAUUUGAUCAAGGGUGGAUUUCCCAGUGGAAAAUACCUCUUUGCUGGAGUGGUUGAUGGAAGGAACAUCUGGGCUAAUGACCUUGCUGCCUCUCUCGCUACAUUACAGGGUCUUGAGGGUGUUGUGGGCAAAGAUAAGCUUGUUGUGUCUACCUCCUCCUCCCUUCUCCACACCGCUGUUGAUCUUGUAAAUGAGACCAAGUUGGAUGACGAGAUCAAGUCAUGGCUAGCUUUUGCUGCACAAAAAAUUGUUGAAGUUAACGCAUUGGCUAAGGCAUUGUCUGGCAACAAGGAUGAGGCCUUCUUCUCUGCUAACGCCUCAGCUCAGGCUUCAAGAAAGUCCUCUCCAAGAGUGACUAAUGAGGCUGUUCAGAAGGCUGCUGCUGCAUUGAAGGGUUCAGAUCAUCGCCGGGCCACAAAUGUCAGUGCCAGACUGGAUGCUCAACAAAAGAAGCUCAACCUUCCAAUCCUUCCAACCACCACUAUUGGAUCCUUCCCUCAGACUGUAGAACUGAGGAGGGUACGCCGUGAGUUCAAGGCUAACAAGAUCUCCGAGGAAGAGUACGUUAAGUCAAUUAAGGAGGAGAUUCGCAAAGUUGUAGAACUUCAAGAAGAGCUUGAUAUUGAUGUCUUGGUUCAUGGAGAGCCAGAGAGGAACGAUAUGGUUGAGUACUUUGGUGAGCAGUUGUCAGGCUUUGCCUUCACUGUUAAUGGGUGGGUGCAAUCUUAUGGAUCCCGUUGCGUGAAGCCACCGAUCAUCUAUGGUGAUGUGAGCCGCCCAAAGCCAAUGACUGUCUUCUGGUCAUCUCUGGCUCAGAGCUUUACCAAACGCCCAAUGAAGGGAAUGCUUACCGGCCCUGUUACUAUUCUCAACUGGUCCUUUGUUAGAAAUGAUCAGCCUAGAUCUGAGACCACCUAUCAAAUUGCUUUGGCUAUCAAGGACGAAGUAGAAGACCUUGAAAAGGCUGGCAUUACUGUCAUCCAAAUUGAUGAAGCUGCUUUGAGAGAGGGUCUGCCAUUGAGGAAAUCAGAGCAAGCUGACUACUUGGACUGGGCAGUUCAUUCCUUCAGAAUCACCAAUGUUGGUGUCCAGGAUACCACUCAGAUCCACACUCACAUGUGCUACUCCAACUUCAACGACAUCAUCCACUCUAUCAUUAAUAUGGAUGCGGAUGUUAUCACAAUUGAGAACUCUCGCUCCGAUGAGAAGCUGCUCUCAGUGUUCCGUGAAGGUGUGAAGUACGGUGCUGGAAUUGGGCCUGGUGUGUACGACAUCCACUCCCCAAGAAUACCACCAACUGAGGAAAUUGCUGACAGAAUCAACAAGAUGCUUGCAGUGCUGGAGAAGAACAUCCUGUGGGUCAACCCCGACUGUGGGCUCAAGACCCGUAAGUACACAGAGGUGAAACCAGCCCUCACAAACAUGGUUGCCGCAGCAAAACUCAUCCGCAACGAACUUGCCAAGUGA